GACAAUAUAAGGGCAGCAUUGUCCCCUGACUUUCAGGCUUUGGCUGCCAACCCCCCACCAUGCCAGCGGACCUCAGCGGCACCUGGAACCUUCUCAGCAGUGACAACUUCGAGGGCUACAUGCUGGCCCUGGGUAUCGACUUUGCGACUCGUAAGAUCGCCAAGUUAUUGAAGCCACAGAAGGUGAUUGAACAAAAUGGGGAUUCCUUUACCAUCCACACAUACAGCAGUCUAAGGAAUUAUCUUGUUAAGUUCAAAGUUGGAGAAGAAUUUGAGGAAGAUAACAAAGGCCUGGAUAACAGAAGAUGCACGAGCUUGGUUACCUGGGAGAACGACAAACUCACUUGUGUGCAGAAAGGGGAGAAGAAGAACAGAGGUUGGAGCCACUGGAUUGAAGGGGGCCAGCUCCACCUGGAAAUGUUCUGCGAAGGCCAGGUGUGCAAACAAACGUUCCAGAGAGCCUGAACCGUCCAGCAGCAGAGCCUAUUCAAGGCUGCUAAGUGCUGAAUUGCCCGCAGAAGGCAUGGGUGUUUAUCUGUCCUGGUUUGAUGAAGGGCCUUGCAAUUGGA